GGAGAGCACGGGGGUGGCGGCUGGCAGGGGGCGCUGGAGUCUGGAGCAGCCCGUGCGCGGCUCGCGCCCCGGGGUGGCGGAGACUCUGAAGCAGCAGCUGCACCGUGAGCCUCCGGGGCCCGGGCGGCGGCUGGGGGUGAGGUGGGGGGCCGGCAGCCGCCGCCGGGGGUGCAGCAGGCUUCAGCCCCUUUGUUCUCGCGUGCUCCCCCUCGCCGCCCACUCCCCUGCUGUCGCGAGGCGGCGACGGCGGCUCCUCCCGCCCGAGGCAGUCGGGCUCUGCGCCGGGGGCGGGAGGGGGCGGGGGGAAGCGCGCCAGCCGCCGAGAGUGGGGGGCGAUGGCGAAGCUCCGGGUGGCUUACGAGUACACGGAAGCCGAGGACAAGAGCAUCCGGCUCGGCUUGUUUCUCAUCAUCUCCGGUGUGGUGUCGCUCUUCAUCUUCGGCUUCUGCUGGCUUAGUCCCGCGCUGCAGGAUCUACAAGCCACGGCGGCCAACUGCACUGUGCUGUCGGUGCAGCAAAUCGGCGAGGUGUUCGAGUGCACCUUCACCUGUGGCGCCGACUGCAGGGGCAUCUCUCAGUACCCUUGCGUCCAGGUGUACGUGAACAACUCUGAGUCCAACUCCAGGGCGCUACUGCACAGCGAUGAGCACCAGCUCCUGACCAACCCCAAGUGCUCCUAUAUCCCUCCCUGUGAGAGAGAAAAUCAGAAGAACUUGGAAAGUGUCAUGAUUUGGCAACAGUACUGGAAAGAAGAGAUUGGUUCCCAGCCAUUUACUUGCUAUUUUAAUCAAUAUCAAAGACCAGAUGACGUGCUCCUGCAUCGCACACAUGAUGAGAUUGUCCUCCUGCAUUGCUUCCUUUGGCCUCUGGUGACAUUUGUGGUGGGUGUUCUCAUUGUGGUCCUGACUAUCUGUGCCAAGAGCCUGGCAGUCAAGGCAGAAGCCAUGAAGAAGCGCAAGUUCUCUUAAGAGCGAGUGGGCUUGUGGAAAGCAAAGCACAGAAGCUGCACUCAUUGGCAGCAGUCCACCUGCAGAGCCCAUGUUUCUGGCGCAGGAGAUGGAAGGGUCCGUGAGAGGUCUCCGAGAAGCUCCUCCCUUGAUGGCAGCAGAAACAGGCACAAUUUGAAGACUUGGCACCAUAUAGACUGUAUUCCGUGUGUGGUAGUGAUGGCUAACAGGUCGAGUUAUUAGCUCUGUGGAGUAGACAUAAUUCAGGAAACUAUAAGAAGUUCAUUUUCUUUGGAAAAGUACAGUAUAUUAUUUGUACAGUGUAGUAUACAAACUGUUAUGAUUUAUGCUAUUUACAAACAUUAAAAUAGAGUGGUCUGUGUUCUUUUUUAAUUUCUUUUUUUAUGCUUAGAAUACCAGGGUU